CCAGAGCAUCCCUACACGCUCGAGCAGCUGAAUGUAGUGCAGGAGGAAUGCAUCGACGUAGAGUACCACGGUAGGUCGGCCACGAUCAUCAUCAAGUUCACACCGACCGUGCCACAUUGCAGCUUGGCCACAUUGAUCGGUCUGUGCCUACGAACAAAGCUCGAACGAGACCUCCCACAGAAGUGCAAGAUCGACAUCUUCGUGACGCCAGGGACUCACGGAACAGAGAACGAAAUCAACAAGCAGAUCAACGACAAGGAGCGAAUAGCAGCUGCGCUCGAGAACCCCUACCUCAAACCGCUGGUCGAAGAGUGUAUUAAAGAGACAGAGUACUAG